AUGGACGUCUUGGCGAGAAUGGCGUACAUGGAGAGAGUGAUCAAAGAAACUGUGCGCCUGUUUGUCGUUGGACCCACGACCUUCCGGAAGGCGACGGAGGAUCUGGAUUUAGGUCAGUGUACUUUGACAAAAGGGAGUUCGGUUGUUAUUAACGUUAUGGGAGUUCACAGAAGUGAGAAGUACUGGCCCGACCCUCUAAAAUUUGAUCCAGACAGAUCCUUACCUGAAAGAUUCGCAAAACAGGAACCGUACUCUUACUUGCCGUUCAGCGCUGGUCGAAGAAAUUGUAUCGGUAAGAGAAAUCCUCUGGUGCGAAAACCUUUUGCCAAGUACAUUAAAAAUGUGGUCAUCACUCACAAAAAUAUCUUCUCUGGUCAAUAA